CUCGCCCCGCGUGGUUUCAUGGAAUCGCGCAAUUUCGGUGCGGGAAAAGUUAAAAUCUACAACGCACAAAAAUUCUACAAUCCGCUUUUUCGGACGCACCGCGUGUGCUGGGUAUUGGGAUUAAGUGAACAUGUACCGUAUGCUCAGCUUGAGGAGUUUUUCACAAAGUAAGAACAAGUUUCUCUCACACAAAAUCCGCGUGUCCGAUUUACGUAAUCGCGGACUGUUGCUAGUUGCUGAUCAUGGAGCGGUCAAUAUCAAGCGGGUGCACUCGACGACACCAUCGGCCGAAAUCGCGUCCACGAUCAGUGGCAAGAAAAGUAAACGGAAAAAAGCCAACAAAUUCACCGAACUUCUUGCUGUGAAAGAUGGUGAAACGAAGGAAAUGAAGGCCACGGUACAAAACCUAAAGUCCAAAAAGCUGUCCAAUUUCAUCCAUGACCAGAUUGCACUUGAUUGCUGCUCGCACAGGCUAGCAUCGGCGGUCAAUGGAGGAAAUCCGGCGGCCAGUUCCACGGCAGUACCUUCGGCAGUUGACAUCUCCAGUUGGAACUUUGAGGAAACUCCAGUCAUCUAUAUUGGAGCCGGGAUGAAGGAGACGGACAUCUCGCCCGACACGCUGACCGAGAUUCUGGAGAGUGUGCAUGUGCUGAAGGAGAUCCACCAAAAACGAGCGCUGCGUCUGGAAGCGGCCCAUGAGGAGGGCAUUGAUCCGGCACUCGAAGAAGAACCAUUACACGAAACCGAGCCAGCCAUUGCGGAGGAAACCGAACUGGCGUUUGAAGUGCCAGAUCUUACGCUCACAGCAAGCCGCGGUAAAUCAACGAAACACGGCAAAGCGGGCCACAGUGCCGGAACGACGGUGUUAGAGAAGAACAAAAAAUUCGCUUCCAAGUACUACAAAACGUCCGAGCUGGAAAGCUUGGCGCGACAUCGUAGCUUUCAGAUGACGCUGAAUGCGUACCUCGACAUCUGCAUCACAACCGGCAUGGUGAACCGAGCGUACGCCACGACGCUCAACUAUCGGCACAAGCGUAAACGGCGCGAGUUCGAUGUCACGAUCUAUAACCAGCUGAUACACGCGUUUGCGGCCAAGGGUAGCUUCAGUCGCGUGCGCGACAUUAUGCGCGUGUUGCGUGAAGAUCGCAUAACGCCAACGGCACAAACCUAUGCCGGUGUGUUGGAGUGUCUGGGGCGGCUCGAACGAACGGACGAGGUCUUGAAGCAAGCGCAUGCCUAUCUGCAGGAAGCUACCGGGCACGGGUUCACGAUGAACGAUAUUUUGGACCGGAGUAAGUUCACGCACGAUCAGCGAGAUGUUGUGCUGGCAUUGUUGCGUUCCCUGGAGCCCUCCUUUGAGCCCGCCUAUCGACCACCGCUACUUACGUACAACAAUCAUCUGGUUGACGCGCUGAACAAGCACGUGCUUCCGAUCGGUACGAAACCGGAAAAGUCACCAGCGAACAGCGAACCGGUUCCCGGUGCGGAGAUUAUGAAUUCAAAAGCUGGAUUUACCCGCGAGCAGCUGCAAGAGAUGAUGCAGCAGCAGGUUGAGCUAGAGCUAAAGGGUCAUCUGGCAGUGAAGAGCAUUGAGAAAUUUCCGGAACCGACGGAACAAGUGUUACAAUUCCGCAAAGAUCUGGACGAACUGAAGAAGGUAUGGGCGAAGCAGAUUACCAUGGCGUUCCAUCGGGAUUUCAACACGUUGAAGGCGAUUACGGAAACGAAAUCGUCCCGCACGAUUAAUCUCUUUCCCUACCUGAAAGCCCUCUCGGUGUCCCAGUUCACGGAGAUCAUGCUCGAUGAGGUGCACAUGUUGCUCGAAGGUUCCGAUACGUUCAGCUUCGUGAUGCCGCAUCUGCACCGUGAGCUGGGUCGCAAAGUGGAAUCACGCUUUCACGUGGAGCAGAAGCGGAUGAACGGGGUGGUUGGUAAAACAUGUGAUAUUUAUGGCCAGUAUGUGGACACUCUGGCCACCGGUAACUCCAGUGAUAACCCGCGUCAGCUGUGGCAACGGGCGGUGCACGAAACGCGCCACUCGGGUCCCAGCAUGGACAUCGAGAGUUUGGCUUGGCCCAAAGCGGCCGUCCUCGGUGUUGGUAAGUUCCUGUACAACAUCCUGAAGUGUGAUCUGAAGAUCAACGUUAAUGCGACGAGCCGAAACAAUCGUAAGGUGAAACUGGUACCCGCCUUCUACACGCUCUUCCGCUACGAGGCCAAGAUGGCGAAGGAACAAAUCAAACCACAUCCGGUGCUGAUGAAACUGUACCGCAAAUCGCAACCCGAUACGCUCAAGUUUGACAUCAAUCUCGUACCGAUGCUGUGUCCUCCGCAACCCUGGAGUACACCACGGAACGGUGGUUACCUACUGGCGGAAUCGGAACUGAUUCGGUUGCCGCAGCAAGCACACCUCCAGACGGAGCGUAUUAACGAAGCUGACCCUCAGGAUAUGUACCCGACGCUCGAUGCACUCAAUCAGCUGGCCAGCAUACCGUGGGUAGUGAAUGGUCCCAUUCUGGACGUCAUCAUCGACGUGUUUAAUGCGGGCGGCAAUGCGAAGCUUGAUGUGCCCGAGCCACCUUCCGCUCUGCCACCGAUUCAGGACACGACACCAAAGAGUGAGAUGAGUGGGUACGAGAAGUACAAUCUGCUCCGGCAGCGGCUCUACCACCGACGGAAGCAGGGUGACAUGUACAGUCUCUGGUGCGACGCACUGUAUCGUCUGUCCCUCGCUAGCCACUAUCGUGAUAAAGUGUUCUGGUUACCACAGAACAUUGACUUCCGGGGACGUGUGUAUCCGAUUCCACCGCAUCUCAACCAUCUCGGUCACGAUCUGGCACGCUGUCUGCUGGUGUUUCACCAGAAAAAGCCCCUCGGUCCGGAUGGGUUCCGGUGGCUGAAGCUACAUUGCAUUAAUCUGACGGGACUCAAGAAGCGUGAAUCGGUCGACGAGCGGUUGCGGUAUGCCGAUGAGAUUAUGGACGAUAUUCUCGAUUCGGCCGAUCGGCCAUUGACGGGCCGGAUGUGGUGGAGCAAAUCGGAUGAACCAUGGCAGACGCUCUCCUGUUGCAUGGAGAUCGCUAAGGUACAUCGGUGUCCCGAUCCGGAGAAGUUCGAAAGUGGGUUCCCUAUUCAUCAGGAUGGUUCGUGCAAUGGACUGCAACACUAUGCUGCACUCGGUCGCGAUACGGCCGGUGCGAUUAGCGUGAAUCUAGCGCCUGCCGAUGUACCGCAGGAUGUGUACAGUGCGGUGGCAGCAUUAGUGGAGGAAAACCGUGUCCGGGAUGCACGGAAUAAUGUGAAGGUGGCCGGUAUCCUGGAGGGUUACAUCAAGCGCAAAGUGAUCAAGCAAACGGUCAUGACGACCGUGUACGGUGUGACGCGAUACGGCGCACGGAAGCAGAUCGCUCGCCAGCUAGAGUACAUCGAUGAGUUUCCGAAGGAUUGGGUGUGGCCUGCCUCCAGCUACCUCACGGUCAAAACGUUCGACGCACUGAGCGAAAUGUUCACGUCCGCCAAAGAGAUUCAGGAUUGGUUCACCGAUUGUGCCCGUCUCAUAUCGGCCGUCUGUGCGCAGAAUGUUGAGUGGGUCACACCACUCGGACUGCCCGUCGUACAGCCCUACAAUCGAGGCGAUCGAUCGAUUACCAGUGCGAAGGGUAGUAGUCAGCUACCCGAACACUUUGCGAUGGAUUCGUUCGAAAAGCCCAACAUCAUGAAGCAAAAGAAUGCUUUCCCGCCCAACUUUGUGCACUCGCUGGACUCGAGUCAUAUGAUGCUAACCUCGCUAUACUGUGAACGGGCCGGGUUGACGUUCAUCUCGGUGCACGACUGCUACUGGACGCAUGCCUGUACGGUGCCUAUAAUGAAUAAGAUCUGUCGGGAACAGUUUGUCGCUCUGCAUUCCGAACCCAUACUGGAGGAUCUGUCGAAAUUCUUGGUACAAAAGUACAGCUACGAUGAAAAUGAGAUUAGUAACGAUGGCUCCGUGAUAGAUCUCACCAAGCGCAAGCUAAACCGUAUCCUUCAGCAAUGCCCCGAUAAGGGUGAUUUCGAUCUGCGGAAGGUACUGGAAUCGGUUUACUUCUUCAGCUAGGCUACAGCCGGUGCCCCUUGUGCAUUCAGGGCGGCUCGUACGCUUGAUCAUAGUAUUCCUUCACCCGAAACCGACCGCGGGUUCCGGUCUAGUCAGCGCGUAGGCGUGUGAACGCAUGGAAGAGCAGAAAACAUGUUACGACAGUGACUGCCAUAUAUAUAUCCGUAACUACCAUUCGCUCCGGCACUGCCGGCGGAUACAGCCUUCGAAUGAUGCUAAGUUUGUUUUCAAACUUCAGGCACUCCGGCACCGGUUGCCGAAUAGACUUUUGUCGACGAUCAUCGACGAUGACAGCGUCGUGCGCAAUCUGUGAACGUUAAGCCAUAAAGUGAACAAGAAGUACUUUGCUAAAAGUUUUGAAUAUUAUGCCUUUGUGAAAGAAGAACCCGUAUCCAUCAGCCGGACGAUGUUGGGAGCAUGAGGAACACUCGGAAACAGCAACACCUACAAGUGCAUGGUACGGACUUGCAAUUCGUUUGACUGCUCAGUGAUCAAAAGAGAAACACCAGGAACAAGGAAUACAGGGAAACAUUGACCGUACAACGGCCAAC